AUGGCCAUCGACCACACCAGUAUCUCCGUCCCCAAGGCCCAGUAUGCGGAAGUCCUCGCUUUCUACGAGAAGGCCCUCGCCCCACUCGGAUACACCAAGAUGAUCGAAUACCCCUUCCACGUUGCCGGCCUGGGCGCGGGGAAACCCGACUUCUGGAUCACCGGCAAAGAUGGCGAGGCCGGCAUGACGAACCACACCGCCUUCACCGCCAAUGAUCAUGAGUGUGUCGACAAGUUCCACGCGGCUGCGGUUGCUGCGGGUGGGGUGGACAAUGGUGCGCCGGGUCCGCGUCCGCAGUAUCACGAGAAGUAUUACGGAGCGUUCGUCAAGGAUCCAGCGGGGAACAAUAUCGAGGCGGUCUCCCAUGCUUGA